UUAAUCUACAAAUUGAUUUCGGCUGGUCAAAAUCAUAUGAGACUGUUUAGAUUGUGAGUGUAUUAAUGGAUGCAGGAAGUCGUUGCUGCCAAGCCAAUUGAAAGAAAGGGGAGUAUCGCUGCCCCUAUCUUGACACUUUACGCCAAGACAGAAUCUGACAUUUUGAUAGCAAGCCGCAGGCGGGGUGCGGUGUGUUGGCCCGGGGUGCUUUCUACGACUCAAAUCCAAGCAGACGGCGACAAGGGCGCUUCUCCUCGUCUUUCUUCUAUCUUUUACACAACCUCGGCCACUAAUUCAGACAGAGAGAGAGAGAGAUGGAUGGAGUGAAACUGGAUAGGUGGGGGUACGAGGUCAGGACCUCUUCGGAUUCUUGUAUCUCUGCCAUCAACGCCUUCUAUCAACAGGUGCUUAUUUAUGGGAGAGGAAGGUCAGUGAUUCUGGAAGCGCCGUUCCAUGACAAGGACUGCGUAUUGGCCAACAUUUUGGCCGCUCACUUCCUCUGCUCCUCCGAUCCUUCCCGAGCUCCUUCCCAUCUCCAAGCCGCUAAGUCCUGUCUCGCGCAAGCCACCUCGUACGAGAAGGCAGUUUUCGAUACCGUCAGUUAUUUGAUGUCUAAAGAUAGAGAUGACGAUGUCGCUAUCGAGUUACACUCUAAGAUAGUAAAAGAUUUUCCAAGAGAUCUCAUUUCGCUGAAGAGGGGCCAAGUGCUAUCCUUUUACAUGGGUCGACCUGAUUUGUCCUUGAAUCUUGUUCAACAGGUUCUACCCAAAAAUCAAGAAGAAAAUUAUAUAUAUGGCAUGCUUGCUUUUCCUUUGCUGGAGCUUAACCAAAUGGCAGAAGCUGAGAAAGCUGCAAAAAAGGGAUUUGAGAUCAACAGGGAAGACUACUGGGCACAACAUGCCCUGUGCCAUUGUCUACAGUAUGAGUGCCGGUUUGAAGAAGCAGUAGAGUUCAUGGAAGGAUGCUCAUCUUCUUGGAGUUCUUGUUCAUCAUUUAUGCUGACACAUAAUUGGUGGCAUGUAGCUCUUUGUUACUUGGAAGGGGGUUCUCCAAUUCAAAGAGUCUUAGAAAUAUAUGAUAAUUGUAUUUGGAAGGAAUUGGAAAAAAGUGAUGCUGUGGGUCCAGAGGUGUACCUAAAUGCAGCCGGUUUAUUGUUGCGAGUGUAUGUACGGGGUGAAAUUGAUGCCUUUGAGGACCGUCUCAAGAUCUUAGCAAGUUGCCUUACAGCUCAAGCAAACUGGUAUAUAGAGUGGCACCUUGAUUCCUUGAUCUUAUGGGCCCUAGCUAAUGCUGGAGAACUGUCUAAAGCUGAGGAUUUACUGAAGGGCUUGAAAUCCAGAUUCUCUAGAAUGAGCAAGAAGCAGCAGCAAUUAAUGCAGAGAGUAAUGCUGCUUGCAGAAUCCAUGUAUGAGUACGGGAGUGGAAAUGACAAAAAGGCAUUGGAAUUGCUUGGUCCAGAUUUUGAUGCCAAUAACUGCAAGAUGCUUGGAGCAUCUGAGGAACAACUUGAUGUAUUCAAUGAAGUCUGGUGCAGUAUGUUGCUGAAUACUGGACAAGCUGUGAAGGCAAUUGACGUAAUUGAAAAGCGGAUCAAGAAGCGAGAAGGAGUCCCUUUUAUGUGGCGCCUCCUGGAGAGAGGCUAUAACCUUACAGGAAGAAAGGAAGCUGCACUUGCAGCAGGGGAGAAGGCUCAGGCUUUGGAGACUGCAUAUUUCAAAUAAGCCGGUAUGCUUCACAAUCUUUGCUGGUCUUAGCACCUGCAAAACUAUUUUAAAGUUGUACCCACACCGAGUUUCUUCACCCCAUGUAUGAUGAAUUAGUUGUAUGUAAAAAUGCCACGAAUAGAAAAAAGGUACUGAACUUUUGAUGCAACACUUGCUCCAUGUUUUUAUGGCUCCAUGUUUUUAUGGAAGAUGUAUAAAAUAUGCAAUUCGGAUAUGAACAAGGAACUGUUUAAGGUAUCAUCCUUGUAAACAGAUUUUAAA